GACUGGCCCUUCCUCUUGCGUAAACCGCUCAUUUGAAAAUGUGUAUAUUAUCAACGGUGAACAGCCGCACACUGUUCAAGUUCCCUAUUCUUUGACAUUAAAUGUCGAAGAAUUAAUUAGUCCUUCAAGUCGUUCAGAAAAUACAGGCAAACCACCGAGACCACAAAACAGUUUCUUUCUCUUUCGUAGAGAUUUUGAAGCGAAGCAACGGUUACUUCAUAAAAAAAAAGAAGAAACGAUUUACUCAAAAAUAAUUUCACCAUUAGCUGCAGAUGAGUGGAGUAAACUUUCACCUUUGGAGAGAGUUUACUUCAAAGAAUUGGAGCAAGAAGCUUUAAAAAAACAUUCUGAUUUGUAUCCCGAUUAUAAAUAUCGGCCGAAAAAAAAAAAAAAAGAUCCCAACGUCGGCUUAACGUUUGUGGCUUCACAAUUAGAAAUUCCUACCCCCGUUAAUUGCACUUCCGAUAUAAUGCAUAAUUCGAAUUCAAAUGCAUUUGAUAAAGAAGAGCAAUAUUUUGAUUAUAAUUAUAAUAAUCAUACACCCCUUACCAACGAUUAUAAUUUCGAUAUUCUCGAACAUGUUUCAUUUAGCACCCCGCUUUUUGAAACUGACGAUAUUAAUAAUUGCAAUUACUUUUCG